AUGGAGAGUAUUCCGCCGCACCCCCAGACCCCCCAACACCCUGCCCCUGAACCGACCUGGGCCUAUCCCUCGCCGCGCAGUCGUCCUCUCAAUUCUCGGCGCCGCGACUCUCGGCUAGCAGACCUGCAGACACGGUGGGAUGGGAAGGACCCGCCGCCGCCGCCGCCGCCGCCUGGCUCGGCUCCGCACCCCGCUUCCCCAGACCCGCCGCCCAGCCCCCCGGCGCGGCGGCCCGCGAUCCCCAGCAGCCCUGCCCCGGCCCGGCUCCCCAGGGCUGGGUCUAGCGCUGUCCGCGGCCCGCCCGCCCGACCAGCCCGCCCAGCCGCCCCUUCCCCGGGACCCCCGCCCCUGAGCCGCCGGGGCGCCCCUUCCCGGGCGCAGCAGCAGCGGGGUUCCCCGCGCGCUGCACAAAGCCGCCGCGGAGCAGCGGUGCCCGCCCGGCCGCCCGUCGCCCUCGGGGCCGCCGCGCGCAGGCCGCUUACCUGCCCCGCUCGCCUUGGGCCCGAUGCCAGCCCGCCGCGCGCACACAGGCUCCGAGCCGCUGGCCAGACGCGAGUGACGACUGCACCCAAGGCUGCGUCGCUCUGCAGCCCCGGGUCACGUGAGGGUCCCGCGUCACCGCCGAGCUCGCUCCCCCUGCUCGGGAGGCCAGGGCGGCGGGAGGCCCCGCCCCCGCCUCGCAGCCGCCAGCGCUCACCUCAGGCCCCACCCGUCACUCAUCCGGAUCCUCACCAAUCUGAGGACCCACGAGUGGCAUCACCGUCAGGAGUUAAAAAGAAAGGACUUGCUGAAUACAACUAA